AUGAAAUACCUUCACUUCUUUUUCCUCCUGCAAUCGGCGGUUGCAAAUGCCGUAACCUUGCCUACGCCCAAUGGCCCGUUCUCUGUCGGUCUUUUCACCACUGCGCUGAGCGACACAUCGCGCAUGGACCCUUACGCCCCAGCCGAUGCACCCCGCCUACGAAAACUAAUGGUCUCAGUCUUCAUGCCCAUGGAUAAUGCCACAUCUCAAUGCGUCCCAGAGCUAGUACCGUACAUGACUCCCCUCGUUGCGGCGGAUUAUGACAUCCUCGCCAUGUCCGCUGGCUUGCCCAAUGGCACCUUUUCCGAGCUCAAUAUGAAGCUUUGCAAAAGCUUGCCUCUGGCAGGUUGCGCCAGAGGCCGCAGAGACAUCCGCAGGGCUGCUCAAAUCUCGCGUCCGCUCUUACUCUUUUCACCUGGCUUUGGACAAUCGCGCCUGGUAUACAAUGCCAUGGCCCAGUCUCUGGCGAGCGAGGGGUACAUUGUUGCAUCUAUCGACCACCCGUACGAUGCCAAUGUGGUAGAGUACCCAGAUGGCAGCUACGUCACAGCUGCGAACAUUUCGAGCGACGAUAUAGCGGCACUUAACGCACUCCUAGAUGCCCCAUUGAGACGGGUCAUUGGGCAUAGUGGAAAUGUCAUUAAUUUCGAAAAGCUCGUCAUGUACGGCCAUUCACUCGGCGGCGCCACCGCAGCCACCCUCAUGCUGACGGACUCCCGCAUCCGCGGUGGUAUUAAUCUCGACGGGCGAUUUUUCGACAAGGUUUUGGCAACGGGAGUGAGCGCACCAUUCAUCAAUGUGGGCAGACCAAACCACCGACUGGAAGACACCACCUGGGACAGUUUCUACAACAUCUCGACCGGACCGAUUAUUGAGCUCGAGGUGUCAGGUUCUCUGCAUGCUGCCUUUACAGACUUUCCCGCCGUCAUUGGUACCAUGAACCUCACUAACGUCGACGUUAUUGAAACUGUGCAAGCAUUCGUGGGAACUAUACCAUGGGAGAGGGCCGGCGAUAUCAUCACGAGGGUUGUAACAGAUUCUGCUGAAUUCGUGUUUGAUCAUCGAAACUCGACUGUCCUUUCAGGAACGGACUCGAGCUUUCCGGAGGUUGAACUUGUUCGCGGCCACGGAUAUUAG